UUCUCCUUGCUGUCGCCAUAGUGAAUUGGCAGCGGCGGCUCGCGCACCCCUGGAGCGCUUUUAGUGGAUCUGUCCCUAUCGGAACAUCAGCACGGGCGCGCGCGCGGUGACAGCAAUCCGCAGUGACUUCCUCCAUCACAGACAAAGAGCGCGAGGUAUUUAAGGAGGGACGUUUUCUUUUGUGCGCGUUAAGAAAUUUGAUCAGCAGUAAAAAAGGAGACGGCUUGGCGGUUGGGUUCCGUGCUGCGGGAAGGAAAGGAAACCCCUCUGUCUGUCUCCUAAUCCGCACAGACAUCGACUCGUCUGGAGGGCGUAAAGCGGAGGGUCUGGGAGGUGUGCGCCUCAUCAUCCCCAAAUCUCAACUCAUGACUCUUACUGGAAUCACUCUCUGCUAUUUCCCGCAGUCGAUAUAAGGAUCGUUUUAGACAGUGAGUGAAUCAAAUCAAAUCAAUCAAUCAAUCAAUCAAUCAAUUAAUUAAAUGAACACUUGGGACAAUGACGUGUGUGACACGACUGGGCGACGUUCUAAGGGCUGAUCAUCCGCUGCGCGCGCAAAAACAUCCAGGAGUGAAACCUCCCCAGUGAAAUGGCCAGCUCUUUACUGAGUUUCAUAACUCUCAGCUCCCGAGUGAGAUUAUAAUCCCACAGUAAUUUUUCAGUUUGCGCAAAAGCUUGCAUGAUUUGCGAAAAGGAUCAAGACAUGUUUGCACACACGCUCAAUGAUCUAAACGUGUUUAAUACCGAGAACAGCGCCAUACGCAUUAACGUAGGAGGCUUCAAGAGGAGACUGCUCUCUAGCAUCCUGUCUCGCUUCCCUGAAACACGACUUGCUCGUUUGCUGCGAUGCCAGUCAAAGGAAUCCAUCCUGGAGCUGUGCGAUGACUACGAUGACGCAGAAAGGGAGUUCUACUUUGACCGAAAUCCUGCACUUUUCCCCUAUGUUUUGAAUUUCUAUAACACAGGCCGCCUGCAUGUUAUGGAAGAACUCUGCAUUUUCUCAUUCAGCCAGGAAAUCGAAUACUGGGGGAUCAAUGACUUUUUCAUCGACUCCUGUUGCAGCAACACCUACCACUGCAGAAAAAUGGAGCCAUACCAAGAGGAUUGGGAGGAUAAAAGUGACGAGGGCAGCACUAAUUCUUCCUUUGAUGAGAUUUUAUUAUUCUAUAGUGACGCGACCAAGUUUGACAAGCAACCGCUUGGGAGAAUCAGAAGAAAGAUUUGGCUGAUACUGGACAAUCCAGGUUACUCUCUGUGCAGCCGAGUCAUUAGUGUUUUCUCUAUUCUGGUGGUGCUUGGCUCCAUAGCCACCAUGUGCAUGAACAGCAUGAGUGAUUUUGCUACACUGGAUAGUGAAGGCCUUCUUCAGGAAGACCCCCGUUUUGAGACGGUGGAGCAUUUCGGGAUAGGCUGGUUCACAUUCGAGCUGGUUGUCAGGUUUGUUGUUGCACCAGACCUACUCCAUUUCUUUGAGCACCCAUUAAAUAUAAUCGACUUGGUAUCUAUUUUACCAUUUUACCUUACACUGAUGAUUGAUCUUGUGGCUGAGAGGCGUCCCACCUUGGAGAACCUGGGACGAAUAGCACAGGUUCUGAGGCUGAUGCGGAUCUUUAGAAUCCUUAAGCUCGCACGCCAUUCCACUGGCCUGAGAUCACUUGGAGCAACUCUGAAAAACAGCUACAGGGAAGUGGGUCUGCUACUGCUCUAUUUAGCAGUGGGGGUGUCAUUCUUCUCUGUUAUGGCCUAUACCGUUGAGAAGGAGGAAAAUGAUGGACUAACUACUAUCCCAGCCUGCUGGUGGUGGGCAACAGUCAGCAUGACUACAGUGGGCUAUGGAGAUGUGGUACCAGGGUCUAUUGCAGGAAAACUCACUGCUUCAGCGUGCAUCCUUGCCGGCAUCUUGGUGGUGGUGCUGCCCAUCACACUCAUUUUCAACAAGUUCUCUUUGUUUUAUAAGAGGCAGAAACAGUUGGAGAUUGCCAUGAGAAGCUGUGAUUUCAGUGGAGACAUUAAGGAGGUACCUUCAGUGAACUUGAGGAACUAUUAUGCGCAUAAAGUGAAGUCUCUAAUGGCCAGUCUGUCCAAUAUGAGCCACAGUUUUCCCAGUGACCACAGCUUGACUGGGUCACUGCAGUAGCUCAGGGACGUUGACAGAACUCUCGUAUGUAUGGCUCCAUCAGAACACACAUUUAAAUAUCAUGCAGUACAGUUCUGUCUUACCAGCAAAACCUACUUACCUGAUGUUGACUGUAUUGUACCGAGUUCAGAUGUGUUUAGUGAUCCAGUGUUAUCUGUCUCGUUCAGUGUGUUGGAAAAAUAUCCCCAAAAUCAAUCUAUACUAUUUCAUAAAAACAGAUAGCGUAUCCACUUGCUAAACUUAAUACUGAAACAAUCACCAUCUGCCUUUAAUGGAGUGGUUUAAAGAAAUAAUGUGUGUAUGUGUAUGUCUGUUGAAGUUCUGUACUUAAAUUUAAUCAGUGUUGCUGCAGUAUAGUCCUCUUGCAAGUGUUAAUUAUGAGGAUGUACAGUGUUCUACAGUGAAAGUGUUUCUGUUGUAUGACUAACUAUAAAGUGAUAUUCUAAUUAACUGCUGUUUUAUGAUAAAGGAUAGGAUAAAGGA